CAGACUGUACUUACUCAGCCACCAACCAACACUCUCCACCUGACCCCUAAACCGCCAUUUUUAACUGAUUUUUCCUUAACACUACUCUCUCUCUCUCCUUGGUUUCUCUCACUAAAACAACCCCGUACACUCUCCUCCUCCCUUCUCUCUCUCCCCCUGGAUUUCGGAUUCUAGGGUUUCGCGAUCCAUACACGCACUUUCUUUCUCUCAGGCACUCACGCAAAUGAGUCGUUAGGGUUAGCUUCUGCAUUGACGCUAAUGACUGUCACUGUUACUGUCACUCUCUUCUUUCUCUUUCUUUUUCUCUUUUUCUCCGUUUCUUUUGCUUCUGACUCGGAGCUCCAUGCCCUUCUUCAGUUCAAGAGGGGCAUUGAUACCGACCCGCUCGAUAAAGUGUUAGGCUCAUGGACAAACUCCGCCGUCUGCCAGGGCUUCUACGGCGUCACCUGUGACGCCAACACCGGCUCUGUUAUUGGCAUAUCCCUAGAUGGCCUUGAACUUUCCGGUGACCUCAAAUUCUCCACUCUUCUCGGCCUCAAGUCUCUCCAGAAUCUCUCCCUUGCCAGAAACCACUUCACUGGCCGUCUUGUCCCGACAUUGGGGUCACUGUCCUCCCUCCAGCGUAUCGAUCUGUCUGACAACAAGUUCUACGGCCCGAUCCCUGCCAAGAUUUCGGAAUUGUGGAACUUGAACUAUCUGAAUCUCUCCAAAAACGGCUUCAGCGGAUGGUUUCCGGACGGGUUUGGGAAUCUGCAGCAGCUGAGGGUUUUAGAUUUGCAUUCAAAUCAGUUUAAGGGCGAAAUCGGGGAAAUACUUUCAGAGUUGCGCUAUGUAGAGCAUGUUGACUUGAGCUUUAAUCAGUUCUAUGGAGAGUUUGGGGUUGAGGCUGAGAAGGUUUCGAGUUUGGCGAACACUCUGCAUUUUUUGAAUUUGAGUCAUAACAUGUUGAGCGGUGGGUUCUUUAAGAGUGAGGUUAUUGGUUUGUUUAGGAACUUGGAGGUUCUGGAUUUGUGCGAUAAUCAGAUUGGCGGGGAGCUCCCUUCUUUUGCUGCUUUGACAAAUUUGCUGGUCUUGAAAUUGGCUAACAAUCAGUUUUACGGGCCUGUGCCCGAGGAAUUGUUGGAAAGUUCAACUCGACUGCAGGAAUUGGAUCUCAGCGUCAAUGGCUUUACUGGUUCAUUCCCUGGAGUCAACUCUACGACUCUGAAUGUUCUUAAUCUUUCAUCAAAUGGUUUAUCAGGAAGUUUGCCCCCUGUACUGAAAAGUUGUCUAGAGGUGGAUCUUAGUAGAAAUAUGUUUUCUGGUAAUAUCUCUGUGGUGCUCAACUGGGAGAGUAAUUUGGAGGUUCUUGACUUGAGUUCAAACAAGUUAUCCGGAAGCUUCCCUGACAUGAGCUCACAGUUUGAAGGAUUGAGUGCACUCAAUCUUAGGAAUAAUUCUCUUGUCGGUGCCCUACCUUCUCAACUAAGGACCUCUGCCAAAUUGUCUGCAGUUGACCUCAGUUUGAAUCAGCUUAGUGGGCCUAUUCCUGGUAGUUUUUUUUCUUCAAUGACCUUGAUAUACCUGAACCUCUCAGCAAAUCGCUUUACAGGGCCAAUUCCUCUUCAAGGCUCUCGUGCAACUACAUUGUUAGUCCUGCCCCCUUCUCCUCUGAUGGAGUCUCUUGAUCUUUCUGGUAAUUCCUUGACAGGUGUAUUGCCUUCAGACAUAGGUAAUAUGGGGAAGCUCAAAUUGCUGAAUCUUGCAAAUAACAACUUAUCUGGACAAUUACCUAGUGAAUUGAGCAAAUUAGGUUACUUGGAACUGCUUGACUUAUCAGGCAAUGAAUUCAAGGGUGAAAUCCCUGCUAAGCUUCCUUCUCGCCUAAGAAAAUUUAAUGUCUCCAACAAUGAGUUAUCUGGAUCUGUUCCAGAAGACUUAAGAAGGUUCCCUGAAUCUUCAUUUCAUCCUGGUAAUCCCUCAUUGAACUACCCUAGGACACCAACUAAUGCAGCUAUAGAUGAUAUUCCUAUGAGAGGAAAACAUCAUAACAAAAGCCGUAAUAUCAAAGUAGCUAUUAUUGUUGCAUCUGUUGGAGCCGCUAUGAUGAUUGUUUUUGUAUUACUGGCCUAUCACCGGGCACAAAUUACAGAAUUUCAUGGAAGAAGUUUGUUUGGUGGCCAAACUGGGAGAGAGGCUAAGGUAGGGAGAUUUUCACGACCAACUUCAAUGAGUUUUUCAAAUGAUCACUUGCUCACUUCAAAUUCAAGAUCAUUAUCUGGGCAGGCAGAGUUUGCACCUGAAAUUGUUGGGACUGUUUUACCCACUGGAGGAGCCGGUGCUGGUUCUUUGAAUCCUAGUGUGCUAGAUAGCCAUCCCAUAACAUCUGGCAAGAAGUCCUCCCCCAGCUCCCCAUCAUCAUCAUCACCCCAUUUCAUUGAGGCAAUUGAGCAACCUGCCAUGUUGGACGUGUAUUCACCAGAUAGGUUAGCAGGUGAACUUUUUUUUGUGGAUGCUUCUUUGGCUUUUACUGCUGAAGAGUUAUCACGAGCUCCAGCGGAAGUUCUGGGCAGAAGCAACCAUGGAACCUUAUACAAAGCUACAGUAGAUAGUGGACAUAUGUUGACUGUAAAGUGGUUGCGGGUAGGACUAGUCAAAAGUAAGAAAGAAUUUGCUAAAGAGGUUAAAAGGAUUGGCUCUGCCAGGCAUCCAAACAUUGUUCCAAUGCGAGCAUAUUAUUGGGGCCCCAAGGAACAAGAGAGGCUCCUUCUAUCAGACUAUAUCCUGGGAGAUAGCUUGACUUUGCAUCUUUAUGAGUCUACCCCUCGGAGACACCCCCGACUUUCUUUCAGCCAAAGGCUAAAGGUUGCUGUGGAUGUUGCACGGUGUUUGCUGUACCUCCAUGACCGAGGCUUACCCCAUGGAAAUCUCAAGCCUACAAAUAUACUUUUAGCACUCCCUGAUUAUAGUGCUCACCUAACCGAUUAUUGUCUCCACCGGCUGAUGAUGCCAGCUGGCAUUGCCGAGCAGAUACUAAAUCUGGGAGCACUUGGAUACCGCGCCCCUGAACUUGCUGCUGCAUCUAAACCAUUCCCUUCAUUUAAAGCUGAUGUUUAUGCAUUUGGAGUGAUCCUGAUGGAGUUGUUGACCAGAAGAAGCGCGGGUGACAUAAUAUCAGGUCAAUCAGGGACUGUUGAUCUUACAGAUUGGGUCCGAUUCUGUAAUCGAGAAGGUCGGGGAAUGGAUUGUAUCGAUCGAGACAUUGCAGGCGGGGAAGAACACUCGAAAGCUAUGGAUGACUUGCUUGCCAUCUCACUUGGGUGUAUCCUCCCUGUAAAUGAGAGGCCUAACAUGGGAGAAGUUUUCAGGGAUCUCUGUUCAAUAUCUGUUUAAAAUUUUGUACAUGCGUCUUGGAAUUUAUUUUUGUUGUUCCUCGACACAAUUGUCAGUUCUAUUUUUUUUUUCUCCAUUGUUUUCUUCACUUAAUUGGUUUCCAGCCUUUGAUUUGCGGCUGGCUAUCACAUUUAUUUUUCCUUUUCUUUUGGAAAUUCUUCUUGUAAAGUGACAAGCAAUCCAUUUUUUGGUAGUGUUUUGGUUGAUGUUAAAUCCAAAGGGAUUGGGCCAUUCUUUUCGUUC